AUGUCAACGUACGAAGAUGAUCACAAUUUGAGACAAAAUGGCGCAAGGGAUCAAAGGCCAAGACAACAUCAAACUUUGGGAUCCAUAAUCGACUCCUUCUUGACACAGGAUGUUACUCAAAGCGCAGAUAGGAACAGAGAAGCGUUCACAAGUGCAUUGAGGCAAAUGAGUACGCAAGAAGGGUCUACAUUGGCUUUUGAGCUCAUGCAAUCGUUGGAGGAACAAGAUCCAAAUCUGUUUUCCUUGACAGAGAAGAGUAAGGGAGUAACUGGAGAGUAUUUAGAUUCCUUGGAAAGAGUUUCAGUGAAGGACCUACCAGAUGGGGAAAAUGCUGAAUGCCCUAUUUGCACAAACAGAUUUUCAGACGACGAAUACCCUUUAAUAGUGAGAUUGCCAUGUCAUGUACAAACCUCUAAAAAAACUGGUGGCCACAUAUUUGACUUGGAAUGUGUGGGUCCUUGGCUAAAGGUUAAUUCUACGUGUCCCAUUUGUAGAUUUGACGUGCAAGAGGCUGACAAGAAGAGAAGAGAGAGGUUAGAAGAGGAACUAAGAAUUGCUAAAGAAGAGGAUUCAGAGGAGGAAGAAGGCGACUGGGAUGUAUAUGGAUAA